CCACGGCCUGAUCACGAGUUGGACUCGUCACCGCUAGUAAAUAGGUUACCCUCCCGAUAAGGGCACGCCCCUUAGGUCUGGAUAUCGGGACCUUACGCCCACCCACCAUCUUCCUUGCUCAAGGGGAGACAGUAACCGCUCCUUGCUAAGUUGUCACAGGAAAAAUCCCGGCCUGAGCGGGGCUCGACCGCCGCUAGAGUCGAACCUACCGGCUGCCACUGCCAGGCCGGAGCUUGACAGGACAGAGCUUUAUCCACUGAGCUGUGUGUGUGCGUGUGCGUGUGUGUGUGUAAUAAAUUUAUAAUAAAGGAAAAUCUUGACUCAUAUAAUUUCCUUGGUAACUCACAAGCAUAACAACUGAGAAUACCAACGGAAGCGUCAGAGCUAACUAGCCCCAUAAAACACCCACGAAGAAGAAGCUCAGAACAGCUGAUAGAAAGGGGCGGCGGCGGCGUGUACACAAACCCUGCUGCGAGGAGCCCCGGUGUGCCCCCCAGCCCCCCACGCUGCCACGGGGAGAGGACGCCCCGGCCUGCACACCCCGGGGAGAUACUUGGCAGUGACUCGACAUGGCUCUGAAGGCCUUUGAUCUGGUGUCCGUGGUGGCGCGGGUGGACCUCAAGAUUGAAUGUUUUGAGGCCAGUGGAAGUGAUCUUUAUCUUGGCUCAGAUGAAAGUGUGGUGGUUCACUAUCUGGUGGAAGAGAGGACUCAUGAAACCACCGGCAAGAUUGUUUACUCCACCAACAAGAUGACUCAGAAGAACCUCGGGACAAGGAAGCCAGUGACCCAGCUGAAGACAGCCUCGGCUCUAGGGCGCCUGAUGGCCCUGAGUGAUGGGAACCUGUACCUCCUUGACUCUGAUGUGCUCAACACCAUUGGCUCUGGACCCAAGAUCAAGAAUGUGACGGUGUUUUGUGUCAACGAGAACCCCAACACCCUAGACCCCUUCACUGUACAGCUGUGUAUUGGCAAGAGGCGGUGCAUCCAGCUGUGUGCCCUGCAUGAGGACAAAGUUUCCUUCCUGAGGGAACUCUCCACCCCAGAGCCUGUUAACAUUGCCAUGGACGGUAACUUUGUGUGUGUGGCAGGGCAGGGACAGUACUCGGUGUUCAACGUGGAGUCCGGGACACGCCAGGACCUGUUCCCCUAUGAUGUAGCAAAUACAUACCCACACGUCAAGAGGAUAGCAAAGGAGGAAUUCUUGUUGGCUGGGCCCGGCAACUUGGGCAUGUUCGUCACAGCUGCCGGCAUCUCAGAGCGACCGCCCAUCCAGUGGUCCGAGGACAUCGUGGCUCUCUCCUACUACCACCCUUACAUCAUCACGGUCACCAGCCAUUUCAUACGUGUGUACAGCUUGAUAGACCAGCAACACAAGCAGUCCCUAAACUUCUCUGGCGGCGAGCUGGUGGGUAACUUUGAUGGGCAGGUGUACGUGGCAGCCAGCUCCUGUGUGUCCUGCCUCAUGCCCCAGCCCUGGACCAUGCAGGUGGAGGCUCUGAUGGUCAGUGAGCGAGUGGAGGAGGCGGUGGAUCUGGCCGAGCACAGCGGGGCAGUGGGCAUGAGCCAGGAGCAGUACCAGCAGCUGUUCCGGAGAUUGCUGCAGCGAGCGGGCUUCAUCAAGCUGGCUCAUGGGGUGUUUGACCAGGCACAGGAGUACUUUCUGAAGGGUGGUGUGGAUGCGAGGGAGGUUAUCAGCUUAUUCCCAGGACUGCUUCCCUCCUCGAUGGAGUUCACUCGUGUCCAGCCACCACUGCACCAACUAGCAGACAUCAGCCAGGCCAUGCACGGGAACCAGGAGAAGAUUGCUGAUGCCAAGACCUUCAUGCUCUCCUUCCUGCUCCAUCUUCGCUACCUUGGGGACCUCACUCACAGGAUGGAGGUGGACACAGCCAUCAUCAAGCUACAGGCUGAGGGGGACUCCUCUGACCUGCUACAUUUCCUUGACCACACUGACAUAGCCUGCAACCUGCCUGAGUGUGCACAGUGGCUGCUGGACCACAAACAAUACUCGGCUCUGGCCAAGCUCCACAGGGUCCUCGGUAACCUUGACAAGUCGUUGGAGGUGCUGACCAAGCUCGUCAGGGAGGAGGUGACAGACAAACACUUCAGGGGAAUCAAGGAUCUGGUGGACUGCCUGAUUCUCUCCUCAGAUCCCAGUGUGGUGUGGCGCUAUACAGAUUUCAUUCUGGACCGGGACGCAGCCGAGGGCGUGCGGGUAUUUACAGAGACGCAGGCCUCCCUGGACCCCUCCCGAGUGCUGCACACCCUCCAGCGGUACCCGGAGGCCAGGCUGGGCUACCUACACUACCUCAUUGACACCAAAAAGCUGCAGGAUGAGAAGUACCACACUGAGCUUGUCCUUCACUACGUGGAUGAGGCGGUGCGACUGAUGGGUGCCGGGGAGGACGCCACCUCACCUGAUCAGCUGGGGGAGGCGCGGACGAAGCUGCAGGACCUCCUCAGCUCCUCCUGCCACUACCAGCCACAGUCUGUCCUGGCACGGCUGCAGGGCACUGACCUUCAUGUGGAGACAGCGGCUGUGUUUGGCCGGCUUGGAGAGCACGAGAAGGCCCUGUCCAUGCUGGUGCACCAGCUGAAGGACUUUGGUGCCGCUGAGCAAUACUGCAUCACCCAGAGCCGGGCAGCAGCGCACAGCAAAGUCAAGUCCAACAUUUUCCUCAAGUUGCUCAAGAUAUACCUCAGACCUCCGCCUGGUGGCAGUGAGGAUGACAUAGAACUGGCACCAGCGGUAGAGCUUCUGUCUGUUCACGCGGAGGAGUUGGAGGUGUCAUCCGUCCUGGCUCUCCUGCCCCCCACCUGGUCCCUGCCCAUUGUUCACCACUACCUUCGUGCCGCCCUCAGGAACUCCAUGCAUCAGAGUCGCAUCAAGAAGAUUCAGCAGACUCUUAUACGCAGUGAAAACCUCCAACAGAAGUUCAUCCUCUAUAAGGUCUCCAAAGACAUGGGUCCCAUUCCUCUUGCUGCUAACAGGGUCUGCUGUGUGUGUAACCGGGGAUUCACCACCUGCUCCUUCACCAUCUACCCCAACGGAGUCAUGGCCCACCCGUCCUGCGCCCCAGACCCCAGUGUGUGUCCCCUCACCGGCACUGUCUUCCAGGCCGCCCACGUCUCCCCUACCUCCACACCAUCCCGCCAGUACCGGUUGUGAUGUGCCGUGCUGCCCAGGGACUCAGAAUAAGGUUGAAAGACCAGUGUUCUCCUUGUGAGUGACUUGAUUCUGUUCUCGGUCUAACUAGUUAUCAGCUGAACUACGCAGUGGCUUUACUCUUACUUCAUGUGAUUUGGGACCAUAGAUGGAAAGUUAGUGUUCUAGUCAGGAUUGAGAAAACAUACAUUGAUAGACUUAGUCUCGGAGAUUAUUUAUUAUUUUGCACAACAUUUGAUGAAGAAUGCUGCCUUUUUUAUGUUAAUUAUAUGCAGCAGAGUUGUCAAGUUGAUGAACAUCUUCGGAAAUCACCUUUUAUUCAUGUCGGUGAAAGCAAGUUAAGUACUAGCUCUUAAGACUAAGUGGAACAGUAACCAGUGAUCGUAUGACAUAAGAUUACUUAUAAGUAAUUAGUAAGAAUCAUAUAAAUUUAUGAAUAUAAGUUCUGUCAUCUGCAUUUAUUCCCAUAAAUUUGUUUUCUGAA